GUUUGUAUCUGUAACUAUUUUUCUCACCAUAGCAACCGGUUCUUUUAAGUUCUGUUUUGGGUUUUGAUAUGUUUACUAUGGAUUAAAUAAUAUUUUUGAAAUUUGUAAACAUUAUAUUUUUAUGAAAUAUUGAGAACUAUUAUAAAAUUUUACACUGGGCAUUUUAAUGUGUACUGUCCAUGUUUUUAAAUAUUGUAUUUUGAUAUUUUUUAACUUGAAAAGUAUUUGAGAAAAUUUUUCAUUAUAAGAAGAUUGUCUCUUUUGGGUGAAGAAUAUGAUGAAGAAGUCAUCAGCUUAUAAAACCGAUAAGAAGUUGCAUCCUGUAAAAGUGUCGAACAUGAGAAACAGACCUCCAGCCUUUGGUGCAUCUGAGUCAGAUUGCAUUAGUGAAUCUCAAAUUGAAUAUAUUGAAAACUUGCAGCAACAGAUUUAUGUUCUGGAAAAUGAAGUAGCAUAUUUGAGAACUCAUAUGCACGAGACGAGCAAGCAACAUCCAUCCUUGGUUGCAGAGAGUGAACAUAUGGUGAAAAAGUUAUCUGAUAGCCACAGCGAAAUGAAGAACAUGAAAAUUGAUUUGAAAAGAAAGCAGACAUCUAUUGAUUUGUUGAGAUCUGAAAGAGACAGAGUUCAAAAAACUGUUAACGAGUUGGAAGAAAGAUUCCGAAAAGAAAAAUGCACUAUUUUGGAAGACUUGAUUACAGUGCAAAAAGAAAAAGAUAACCUUCAAGAUGAAAAUGUUAAAUUGGAGCAACUUUUAGAAGAACAUAAACAAAAUGUUAUUAAAUUACAGGACGAAAAUGACAAUUUGGAAAUAGAUGUUCAGCAAGCUGAAAAAGAGAUUAAAGCUGACAAGCAAUUUAUUGAAGAAUUGCAAGAAAGUAAGCAAAAAAUACAAAAGGAACUAAUCGAGGCGAAAAUGAUAUUAAGUUCCAAGCCAUCUGACAAACAUGAGGAAGCAGUGAAAAUGUUAAAAUGCAAUAUUGAACAAAUCAGUGAAGAACUUGAAACUGCAAAACGGUCUCAUAUUCAUGAACAUAUGUUGCGGGAACGCUUAACUCAAGACAAUGCUGAUCUAAUAAAGAGACAUGCACAACUUGAAGCUGAGUUGGCUGAUGUGAAGGCACAGCUGCGAGAAGAACAAAGUCUGCGAUCAUCAUUGGAACAAAUUCAUCUUGGCACUGUUCUUGAAUCAGCAGAAAAUUUGAGUCGUGAAAAUACUUUAAAGGAUCAGAUCCAAAAUUUAACUUCUCGUCUACAAGAAGAAACAGAAACAACAAAUACAUUAGAGCAUAAGUUGUCUGAUGAAAAACGCCAGAGAAUCAGAGGAGAAGAGAGGUUCGUUAACAUUCAGGAACGACUUGAUCAAAAAGAGGAGCAACUUAAAGUAAUGAAAAAGGAGAAUGUAGGUUUAUGGAGGGACAAUUCUUAUCUGACUGAUCAAGUUACUCAGUACAAGCAGCAGUUGCAGCAUAGAGAUGAUGAAAUAGUUAAUUUGAAGCUUAAAGUACAAGAGAUGCAAAUUUCUGUUGAGAAGUUUAUUCAGUCAAAUCAAGCUGCCACUCAGCUUGCUGGUGAAAAAUGGAAACAACUUUCACAAAUGGUCCAAAGUAUGCAAGCUCUCACAAAUUUAGAUGAUCAACGCACAUAAGUUUUACAAAAUCAUUUUUAUAUUGAUUUAUACUGCUAUUUACUGCCACUAAGAUGUGUUGUAUUAUUUUAAAUUUUUAUAUGAAUUGUUAAUGAGUGUUUUAAUUGUUGUUUAUGCAAUAGUUAUGUAAGUAGAUGCAAAUUGUUGUGUAGUACAGAAUAAAAUUUGUAUUUUUAAAAAAAA